AGCGGUCUCGCGAGCGCAGUCACGAGGAGAGAUUCGGCGAGUGAGGGUCGCGCGCCUUUUUUUCCGUGCACACACACACACGCGCUCACACACACUCACUGAGUGAGAGAGAGAGAGCUCCGAAACAGUGACGAACUGUUCUUACAGCGCGAUCUGUUUUUAUUUCGGAAGGGCAACAGCGAGCGAGACGGUGGGGGAAAACGAGGGAUAUUCUCCGCAAGUUUUUUCUUUUGUGUUAUUUUUUUUUUUUUUAUUAAGAAGGAUUGUGUUUUUCGGGGUUUUGUGGCCGCAGAGAUGAUGGUCGGGGAGAUCGAAGUGAAGGAGAGACCGAGGCCGAGUCCUGACUAUCUGAUGCAGUUACUGAACGAAAAGAAGCUCAUGACCAGUCUGCCGAACCUGUGCGGCAUCUUCACACACCUCGAGAGACUGCUCGAUGAAGAGAUCAACAGAGUGCGGAAGGACAUGUACAACGACACAGUGAGCGGUUUGGUAGACAAACACCCUCUGGAGCUUCCCGAGGCUCACGGCCCCAUCGUCCAUCUGCAGGAGAAACUGUUCGUCCCCGUCAAAGAAUACCCUGAUUAUAAUUUCGUAGGCCGGAUUCUGGGGCCACGAGGUCUCACGGCGAAGCAGCUGGAGGCGGAAACAGGCUGCAAGAUCAUGGUCCGAGGAAAGAGCUCCAUGAGGGACAAAAAGAAGGAGGAGCAGAACCGAGGGAAGCCUAACUGGGAGCAUCUGAAUGAAGACCUGCACGUCCUCAUCACCGUGGAGGACACGCAGGCGCGAGCCGAGAUCAAGAUGAGGAGAGCCGUGGAGGAGGUGAAGAAGCUCCUGGUGCCGGCGGCGGAAGGAGAAGACAACCUGAAGAAGAUGCAGCUGAUGGAGUUGGCCAUCCUUAAUGGAACCUACAGAGACACCAAUAUUAAAGCCCCGAACCUUGCAUUCUCUCUUGCAGCGGCGGCCGCAGCGGCUCAGGGCCCUCGGCUGAUCGCCGCCCCCGCCGGUCAGGUACUCCCUCCUGCCGCUCUGCGCCCCCCGACCCCGGCCGGCGCACCCAUCAUGAACCUCAUCCGUCCCGCACAGAUGCCCGCCAUGCUGCCCAACGCCACCCCGACGCUGGUGCCCCCGGCACCUGACGCAGGCAUCAUCUACGCCACGCCCUACGACUACCCGUACGCCCUGGCGGCGCCCACCUCUCUCCUGGAGUACCCCAUCGAGCACGGAGGCGUCCUAGGUAAGCGGGCGUGGGGGCUCGGUGCUUCAGGCUUUGGCGGGCAUCAGGACGGCACCGCCGCAACGUUUUACGGGGGCAGCUUGGACAUGGCGAUGCCAAGCCCUGCCCAGGACUUAGUCCAAGGUGCAAUGGCUACUAAAGUGCGGAGACAUGACUCACGGGUCCAUCCUUACCAAAGGAUAGUGACCGCAGACAGAGCCGCCACCGGCAACUAACAAAUGACCUCUGAACUCUUCACCCAAUGAUGAGCCGCCCCAAGCCUGCCUGCUGAUCAGAUUAACUGGUAAUUGCCUUUUGCUAGCCUGUUGGACGCUGAGAAAACGAGAGGCACCUGUGACCCUAACACACAAAACCAACACAAGAAAUCAAAAUGCCUACAAAACCGACAAAGUUGUGUGAUGACUUUUCUUUUUUUUCUUUUAUAUUAUUUUCCCUUUUCUCCAAUGUCAGGCAUUUUCUUUAUUGACUUGUAACAACACUUUUUUUUUUUUUUGGGUGUCCCCUCCCCUCUUGCUUGUUUCUUUCUUUUUUUCUUUCUAUUCAGUCCCUGAAUUUCAUUUAGUUGGGUUAUUUGAUCAAUUUUUUGGUAGCCAAAAAAAAAAAAAAAAAAAUCUGCACUGAGUUAAUAAUAAGCAAUAAAAAAAAAAAAUCAUCAUUAUUAUUAUUAUUAUUAUUAUUUUUUAUUAUUAUUAUUUUCUCCCUGUGAUUUAUAUUACAUCCCCUACUAUAAUUUCACUAAUUUGGAACGAUCCGGGACGCAGAUCCGGAAAAGCUGCACAUGUCAAGUAAAAAAAAAUUUCAAAAAAUAAAAUAGCUAGUUAAAAAGGAAGAAGGAAAGAAACCCACUCACACAAACAAACAAACGUGUUCUGUGUCAUUGUCGUGUGUAGCAAUGUGUUUUAUUUUCUGUUGUUCAUUUUAUUUCCUUUCUCUUUCAUCUGUUACUAGUUUCACAAUGCUGACACAUUCUGGGUGCGCCUCUCUAGCUGACACUGAGUGCAUGGCUAAAAUGAUGGACUGCUUCUUGUGGGGGGAAAAACCUGCCCUUUUUUAUUUUAUUUUUUUUUGGUGUGUGUGUGUGUGUGUGAAUAGCAGUAAGAAGCGGUAAUCGUAGCUGCAGUACCGGGUGCCGUCUCAGCCGCGUGGCAGAUUCGGGGGGGUUUUUACAAGAGUUUUCUCAGUACUCUUAAAUCUAGGAUGUUUCUGUGGCUGCGGUGAUUUUGGGCAGGAAGAGUUUGGUUACACUCGCCUACGCCACCCCAGACCACCCCCCCAGCCUCGAAAAAUACAGUGCCUGAAGUUUCUAGAUUUUUUUUGAAUGAGCUGUGAGACAAAAGAUUAAUAAAAACAAGUAUUACGUGUGUGUGUUUAGCCAAAGGGUUACAAUAUGAUCAAAUUACGUGUGUAAGAUCUCAAUUUUUUUUUAUUUUAUUUUAUUUUUUUUUAGUCUAGAUUACAGAAAGUUGUGUGAUGUGCCUGUGUACGUUUGACAUCGGGUCAAAACGCAUGAAUACGACAAGAAAUCCCUCAGCCACUGUGCUUUAGUCUCGCCGAACUCGAACAAACUCCAGAAACACUACGAAUCAUCUCCAAGAAUUAGACGAGAAAAGAGGAUUCUGUACAUACCUGCGUUUUAUAGAUUAUACAUAUUAAUUACUUUAUUUUUCCUUCUUUUUUUUCUUUUCCCCAUUUCUGAUUAAAUAUGAAACUAAGAUUUGGGGCAUCAUGAUUUUUUUUAUUUUUUAUUUUAAUUAAAUAAAGUAAAAUUGGGGAGUCAUGAUUUUAUUUUUAUUUAUUUUUUUCCUUUUUAAUUAAACAAUAAACUAAAAUUGGGGCAUCAUGAUUUUUUUUUGUUUGUUUCUUUUAAUUUCUAAUUAAAUAAUAAACUAAAAUUAGGGCAUCAUGAAUUUUUUUUUUCUUUCAUUUCUAAUUAAAUAUGAAACUAAAAUUGGGGAGUCAUGAUUUAUUUUUUAUUUCUUUUUUUUUAAAUUUUUUAUUGAAUAUUGAACUAAAAUUGGGGAGUCAAGAAUUUUUUUUUUUUUUUUUUUUUAAUAUUAAAUAUGAAACUAAAAUUGGGGAGUCAUGAUUUUUUUAUUAUUAUUUCUAAUUAAAUAAUAAACUAAAAUUAGGGCGUCAUGAAUUUUAUUUUUUUAAACAUUUAGUUCUCACUUAAUGGGAUGGAUCUCGAUUGAAUUUCUUUCGGUUGAUUAAAAAACAAAAAAGGAGAACAAAAAAAAAAGAAACCUACGCUCAUCCACAAUGUGUCCCGCACUUUUUAUUUUAAUUUUUUUUUUUAUUAUUAUUUCUUUUUAUUUUAUUUUUUCCAGAAGACACCAGUCCAUUAGUUCAGCUACAGAACCCAUCCAGAGUUGAACUCUUUCUCUCAAGAAAAAAAAAAAAAAAUAUAUAUAUAUAUAGGAUGUGAAAGCCAUGUCUGCCUGUUCAAAUUGCUUUAUACAUACAUGACGAUAUAUAAAUAUAUAUAUAUAUAUUAAAAAAAAGUGUAUACAAAUGUAGAUAAUGUCAUUGCAUUAUUAUUAUUAUUAAAAUGCUGAAACGAUCAAAAAUUAGAUACUUUUACAGGGUGCUGGAGAAGAAAUAUAUUUUUGGCAAUUUUAGCUUUUUAUACUUAACUUGCAGUUACAAAAUGUACAAAAAAUGAAGAAAAAAAAAAUAACCCAGGAAUGAGGGAAGGAAAAAGAUUUUGCUUAUUGGCGAUGAAAACCAAGAACCUUUUGGGAGUAUAUUUCCAGUUCUAAGCAUUAAAGAGGGAAGUCAUUUGUAAAAGGGGGGAAAAAAGUGCCUUAUUGAUAGUUUUUUGGGUUUUUUUUUUUUGUUUUGGUUUGUUUCGUUUUUUUUUUUUGCUUGUUUUGUUGUUUUUUCUUUCUUUUCUCCGAGUUACAUUGUGUUGAGUAAGAUCGUGCGAAAGCUAAUAACGAUAAAGGAAGCGUGAUAAAGUGUAGAGUUCGAUCGUCGCCCGGCUUGUGCCACUCAAAUCUACUCUAUGCAACAACAACAACAAAAAAAAACAAAAAGACAAAAAGAAAAGAAAGAAAAAAGUGAAAAAGAAUAGCAGUCAUUCGACCAGCUAACUAUGUGCCAUGAUUUCGUCUUCCCGAGAUUAGGUUAACGUCUCUCUCUCUCUCUCUCUCUCUCUCUCUCUCUCUCUCUCCUCCCUUUUUGCCAUUUGAACAAACAGAUUUCUUUCAUUUAUUCCAAUCUGUCUGUAUUGUUACUGUUUGAAGCAAGCUGCCAUUGAACCCCCCCCCCCCAAAUCUUCUCCUUUUCUAUGAGAUUUAAAUAAAAAAGAUAAGAGCACCGAGCUCAGUUCAGAACUUGGAGCAGAACAUCAGCAUUUAGACACUUAACCAAGUUUAAUUGCAGUAUUUUUUUUUUUUUUUAAAAAAAGAUCCAUUAUUUGUUUAAAAAUAAUAAUAAUAAUAAAAAAUUAAGAGAUCUGUAUAUGGCAGCCUGCUUCACUGUCCAGCUGUUACACAGAGAAAGGUCAAUUUAUUUUUUAUUUUUUAUUUUUUUUUUCCCUCUUCAGUGUUAGAUUCUUUCUCUCUCUCUCUCUCUCUCUUUUUUUUUUUUUUUUUCUUCUUCUGUAAUGAAAUGCAAUAUCAGCCUGGAGGUUUGAGAAGACAGCCCUGAUUUAAGAAGCAGUAUUACGUUGAAAUGCCCUCCGCGAUGUUACUACAUGCUGUCGGUCAUUGUUUUUAAGGUCGAUUUAAAGUCCAUCAGGUUUAUAUAGAGAAAUCUCUUGUAUUCUCUCCUUGCCUGCCUAAUACAUGUAUAAUAAUGUAAUUUACAAUCAUUGUUACAGGUUUCUAAUGUAUUUUUCUAACUAUCAUUUUAUAUGUAUAUUAUAAAAUCACUCUUCUGCCUGUUUUUUGUUUUAAUUUUUUUUUUGAUGCCCACUACAAAAAAUUUUUUUUAUUAUUUUAUUUUAUUUUUUUAAAACUCACCUCUUUUUUGCUGUCUUACUCAGAAACCCAAGUCUCUCUUGUCGGGAGCGUCACCUUUCCGACAAAUGAUAUUUAAUUUCCUUUGCUGAUCUUUAGCUUGUUUAACUCAUUAGCCAACUAUAUUAGUUUUCCUUGUCGAGAUUUUGACAUGCCUGCAUUUAGUUUUCAUGGUGUAUGCUGUUAUUUUCUUAUUAACCCCUCUUUGCCAUUUAUUUUAAUAAAAUAUUCUUAGUAAGAAUUUUA